AUGGGGAAAUUUAGAAUCAUGAGAGCUGUAUUUGCAGUAUGCGCAAUUGGGAUGCAGUCCAUUGUAUUUCUUGACGCAUUUGAUGAGGAUCAUAGAAGCUCGCCUGACUUACUUGACAGAUACGCUCUCGUGACGUCUCUUGUCAAUAUGGAUUACUCGGGAUCAACAACUAUUAGAUGUCCACGCCGCGUCAAAGAUACCGACUAUGUCUGGCAUCCUAAACCAAUAUCAUACGAGCAGGCACAUCUAAGAACAUACGUGGUUGAAGACGAACAUUUUCUUUCCGUUCCUCUUUCGGAUGUAGUGGUAAGCGAGAAACCAAUUAACUUUGUUUCGGUGGCAUUGGAUGAGUCGCAAUCAAAACUAAGCAUCGCAGUGGCAUCUCCUGAAGUCUUUGUUAUUACCAAAAGUCGCUUGGUUUUUAUUUGUGGACCACGAGAUCUCAUAUUGAGUGACACGUUGCAACAGCAGCUUUCCCGACUCAAUGGCUUGUCUCUCUCGGGAGAGUUUCCUUGGACUGCUGGUACAGCAUUAACCCAGGAAAUUAAGAAAUUAGGAAGGGGCUUGCGCAUGUUUUCCUUGGUCACAGGGCAAAGUCAUUUGCCGCUUCAAGGCUGUGGCAGCCGCCCCUCACCACUGUUCGCUCCGGAUAACGAGGUGAUUGUAGAUCCCAUCACUGGUACGCGUUCAUGUGUAGCGGAUCCUAUGUCACAAUCAUCUAUCGGUUUUCUGUGCGAAGGCCGAAUUGAACCUAUGGAGUGUAUGAGAUUCCUCCUGGAUAGGAAUGGCAGAGUUGUGACUGUAACAAACCCUCAUUUAUACUGGAAUAUCGCAAAUAAUAGGCCUUGGGUUGUAGCGAAGUAUUUUGAUAAGUUAGCACUACCGCCCAUCAAUGGCGAAUGCAGGUGUAUAGAUCGCGAGACAGGUGAUGUUAAGGCCAAGCUAGAGAUCCGCUCUAAAACUGAGUACUUUUGUGACAUUGCCAGCAAGGUUUUCCGUGACCGUUACCACCCCAUACGUGGCCCUUGGUGUUCUGCAGUGCUUCAUCCGGGGAGCACCUUGACCAUAAAGUUGCCAGCAAAGAUCGUCAAUUCGGCUUCUAUCAACGAACCUUCCGACAAGGAACACGACGAUGAUUUGUCGGUUGUCCCAUUCUCGCAACUGCCAUCUAUAUACGAAUAUGAAACUGAAUUCCUGCCGAAGGACUUGAUGACGCUGCGGCAACAGAGUGUGCCUUAUGAUGCCAAUAUGCACAAUGAAAAAUUGUUUAGCAAAGCCCUUGUUGGCGAUGCCCUCGAGUUGGAUGUUUCUCAUAUGGCCCAGGGUGAGGUAAAACUGAAGUACCGCGUGGACAGACCCCUCACUUUAAGAAGCGGGUUAAACUCUUUCCAGUAUCAUUGGACCCUGAUAUCUAGGAACGAGAAUGUUCCCGAUAAGAUACGCGCCAUCGUGCAGGUAUCAUUUGCGUUUACUCAUAACUACCGGACAAUCGGUUGCGAUGUGGGUCUACAAAGUCUGUUUGAUCCAGAGAUGAGCAAGGAGCAUUGUACAGUGAGGUCGAUGGGCAAUGGUAUAGGGGAUAUUUAUGAAUGUCUGUACCAAAACAGUGGGCAUAGUAGUCACGUUGGGAUUCGCUGCAAGCCAGACGAAGAAUUGUUUCCAAACAAUUGUGCGCCCGCAGGAUACGAUCUCUCCUCUAAUCAGAUCAUGCCAUUUCCUCCAUUUGUGAGAAAUGCAACGCUUUACCCCAUAUUAGGAUUCCAACGGUUUGACAUUGAUUUUCGCGAUAAGGGCUCUCUCAGUUAUGCCUGUAUGUGUAUUGACCAGCGUGGAUACGAAAAGUCUAAGCUUAUUGUAGAGUCAAACACGCAUGACACGUGUAGGUACGUAGUGAAUCGUGAAGAGCCGUCCAAUACGUGGCAUCCUUAUAGAUUACUUCCAUGGAGCGAGCUCGAGUUAGGUGAAUGGCACAGAUCACCAGUAUCGAUUGUGCUAAACAACAUAUACAAAAAAUUCGUCAAACUACAUGUUGGUACAAGGUUUUCCAUGACUUGUGCUCGUGGGUCGGACGAUUCGAACCCUGCAAACAAUGCAAAUAUCACACCUACAUGGCUACCAGGUCGAUCCAUAGAAUACCAUUAUGCUGUCAUUCAUACUUCACAUGGGCGUGAACUCAUUAGGAGACCACACAGAGAUGCUAUAGGUGGUACGCUGGAUGGUUUUCGAGUCAUUAGCGGAUAUUUCUACACCGAGUCAUAUAUACAUUUGGUCAUGGAAUCGCGUAAGGGUGCCAUUUUGAUAUCUAAGGAUCCUGACAACACCGAAUAUGUACCGAUAACAUUCGUUUGCGGUAAGACGCCCAGGAUAUCGGAGUUGUCCAUCGUGCCUGGUAACACAUCUGCGGCGCACAUACCAUAUGCCAUCGGACUAUUGGCUCCUUACACUUGGAACGUCGUGGAAGUUGCCGUCGAGACAACGGACCCCUACAUGCAAGGCUGCGGCGUUACCUACGCAUCGGAUGAGUUGUUCAAGCCCGAUACACCCCAACUCUACGAUGCCAACGGACUGUCUCAGUUCGGUUGCAAGAUCUAUCUUCAGGCUGCCAAGGAGGCGGCGUUCUACUGCCCAGCACCGUACGUCCUGGACCCACCAAACUGCUUCAGCCAGGUCUACGUGGACGGUGCUGUCAAAGACAUAAACGACAUCAGCGAGUCAUUGGUGACAUCUCAUUCCAAUCAUUUUGUCAUCCUGCGUUUAUAUAGCAAAUUCUUGGGACCAGAGGAGACGAUUCGCCAGACUCCACCGUUGGAGUGCCGAUGCGUCACCACCAAGGGCGCUAUCCUCUCCACAAUCCACAUCGAGAACUACUAUGCCAAGUAG